GCUCCGGGGCUCGGCGGGCGGGUUCGCGCUGCCUCCGCGGCGGUGGGGCAGCCGGGGGUCACGGAGUCGUGCAGGGGGCGCGCGGCGGCGCGGCCAUGGGACUGCUCCGGCUCUGGUGACAGCGGGGAGCCGAGCGGCCCGGGCCCUGAGCGCGUCUCCCGCGGGGGGCCUCGCCCUCCUGCUCGCGGGGCCGGGGCUCCUGCUGCCUUUGCUGGCGCUGCUGCUGGCGGCGGCGGCCAGGAUCAUGUCUGGUCGCCGCUGCGCUGGCGGGGGCGCGGCCUGCGCGAGCGCCGUGGCCGAGGCCAUAGAGCCGUCGGCCCGCGAGCUGUUCGAGGCUUGCCGCAACGGGGACGUGGAGCGAGUGAAGAGGCUGGUGACGCCCGAGAAGGUGAACAGCCGCGACACGGCGGGCAGGAAGUCCACCCCGCUCCACUUCGCCGCAGGUUUUGGACGGAAGGAUGUAGUUGAGUAUCUGCUUCAGAGCGGUGCAAAUGUGCAAGCACGUGACGAUGGGGGUCUUAUUCCUCUUCAUAAUGCAUGCUCUUUUGGUCAUGCCGAAGUAGUCAGUCUCCUUUUGCAACAUGGUGCAGACCCAAAUGCUCGAGAUAAUUGGAAUUAUACCCCUCUCCAUGAAGCUGCAAUUAAAGGAAAAAUUGAUGUUUGCAUUGUGCUUUUACAGCAUGGAGCUGAGCCAACCAUCCGAAAUACAGAUGGAAGGACAGCAUUGGAUUUAGCAGAUCCAUCCGCCAAAGCUGUUCUGACUGGUGACUAUAAGAAAGAUGAACUAUUGGAAAGUGCCAGGAGUGGCAAUGAGGAAAAAAUGAUGGCUCUGCUUACACCAUUGAAUGUCAACUGCCAUGCAAGUGAUGGCAGGAAGUCAACUCCGUUGCAUUUGGCAGCAGGCUACAACAGAGUAAAGAUUGUACAACUGUUACUGCAACAUGGAGCUGAUGUCCAUGCUAAAGAUAAAGGUGAUCUGGUGCCAUUACACAAUGCCUGUUCUUACGGUCAUUAUGAAGUAACUGAACUUCUGGUCAAGCAUGGUGCCUGUGUAAAUGCAAUGGACUUGUGGCAAUUUACUCCUCUUCAUGAGGCAGCUUCUAAGAAUAGGGUUGAAGUGUGUUCUCUCCUCCUGAGUUAUGGGGCAGAUCCAACACUGCUGAAUUGUCACAAUAAAAGUGCUAUAGACUUGGCUCCCACACCACAAUUGAAGGAAAGAUUAUCAUAUGAAUUCAAAGGCCACUCAUUGCUGCAGGCUGCACGGGAAGCUGAUGUGACAAGAAUCAAAAAACAUCUUUCUCUGGAAAUGGUGAAUUUCAAACAUCCUCAAACACACGAAACAGCAUUGCAUUGUGCUGCUGCAUCUCCAUAUCCCAAAAGAAAGCAAAUAUGUGAACUGCUGCUAAGAAAGGGAGCAAACACCAACGAAAAGACUAAAGAAUUCUUGACUCCUCUGCACGUGGCUUCUGAAAAAGCUCACAAUGACGUUGUUGAAGUAGUGGUGAAGCAUGAAGCAAAGGUUAAUGCUUUGGACAGUCUCGGGCAGACAUCAUUGCACAGAGCUGCACACUGUGGUCAUCUGCAAACCUGCCGCCUGCUCCUGAGCUAUGGAUGUGACCCCAACAUCAUAUCCCUUCAGGGUUUUACCGCCUUGCAAAUGGGAAAUGAAAAUGUGCAGCAGCUGCUUCAAGAGGGCAUCUCACCAGGUCACUCAGAGGCAGAUAGACAGUUGCUUGAAGCUGCAAAGGCUGGUGAUGUAGAAACUGUAAAGAAACUGUGUACUGUUCAGAGUGUCAACUGUAGAGACAUCGAAGGCCGUCAGUCAACGCCACUGCAUUUUGCAGCUGGGUACAACAGAGUGUCUGUGGUGGAAUACCUGUUGCAGCACGGGGCUGAUGUGCAUGCUAAAGAUAAAGGAGGCCUCGUGCCUUUGCACAAUGCAUGUUCUUACGGACACUAUGAAGUUGCAGAACUUCUUGUCAAGCAUGGAGCAGUAGUUAAUGUAGCUGACUUGUGGAAGUUCACACCUUUACAUGAAGCUGCAGCAAAAGGAAAAUAUGAAAUAUGCAAACUUCUGCUCCAGCAUGGUGCAGACCCUACAAAGAAAAACCGAGAUGGUAAUACUCCUCUGGACCUUGUUAAAGAUGGAGACACAGAUAUCCAAGAUCUACUUAGAGGUGAUGCAGCUUUGCUAGAUGCUGCCAAGAAGGGUUGUUUAGCCAGAGUGAAGAAAUUGUCUUCUCCUGAUAAUGUAAAUUGCCGUGAUACCCAAGGUCGACAUUCUACACCUUUACAUUUGGCAGCUGGUUACAAUAAUUUGGAAGUUGCAGAGUAUUUAUUGCAACAUGGAGCUGAUGUGAAUGCCCAAGACAAAGGAGGGCUCAUUCCUUUACAUAAUGCAGCAUCAUACGGGCAUGUAGACGUAGCAGCUUUACUGAUAAAGUACAAUGCGUGUGUCAAUGCCACGGACAAAUGGGCUUUCACACCGUUACAUGAAGCAGCCCAAAAGGGACGGACACAGCUUUGUGCUUUAUUGUUGGCCCAUGGAGCUGAUCCUACUCUUAAAAAUCAAGAAGGACAAACACCUUUAGAUUUAGUUUCAGCAGAUGAUGUCAGCGCUCUCUUGACAGCAGCCAUGCCCCCUUCUGCUCUGCCCUCUUGCUACAAACCUCAAGUGCUCAAUGGUGGGAGAAGCCCUGGGGCCACCGCAGAUGCGCUGUCUUCAGGUCCAUCCAGCCCUUCAAGCCUCUCUGCAGCCAGCAGUCUUGACAACUUAUCUGGGAGUUUUUCUGAACUGUCCUCAGUAGUUAGUUCAAGUACAACAGAAGGUGCUGCCAGUUUGGAAAGAAAAGAAGACCCAGGACUGGAUUUUAGUAUAACUCAGUUCAUAAGGAAUCUUGGGCUUGAGCACUUAAUGGAUAUAUUUGAACGAGAACAGAUCACCUUGGAUGUGCUAGUUGAGAUGGGGCACAAGGAGCUAAAAGAGAUUGGGAUCAAUGCUUAUGGACAUCGACACAAGUUAAUUAAAGGGGUUGAAAGACUGAUUUCUGGACAACAAGGUCUUAAUCCAUAUUUAACUCUAAACAACUCUGGUAGUGGAACAAUUCUCAUAGAUCUGUCUCCUGAUGAUAAAGAAUUUCAAUCUGUGGAGGAAGAGAUGCAAAGUACUGUCCGAGAGCACAGAGAUGGAGGUCAUGCAGGUGGCAUCUUCAACAGAUACAAUAUUCUCAAGAUUCAGAAGGUUUGUAACAAGAAAUUGUGGGAAAGAUACACACACCGGAGAAAAGAAGUUUCUGAAGAAAACCAUAACCAUGCAAAUGAAAGAAUGUUAUUUCAUGGGUCUCCUUUUGUGAAUGCAAUUAUCCAUAAGGGCUUUGAUGAAAGGCAUGCAUACAUAGGUGGCAUGUUUGGAGCUGGGAUUUAUUUUGCUGAAAACUCUUCCAAAAGCAAUCAGUAUGUGUAUGGAAUUGGAGGCGGCACUGGAUGUCCAAUUCACAAAGACAGAUCGUGUUACAUUUGCCACAGGCAACUGCUCUUUUGCCGAGUGACUUUAGGAAAGUCUUUCCUGCAGUUCAGUGCAAUGAAAAUGGCACACUCUCCUCCCGGCCAUCACUCAGUCACUGGCCGGCCCAGUGUGAAUGGCCUAGCGUUAGCUGAGUAUGUGAUUUACAGAGGAGAACAGGCUUACCCUGAAUAUUUAAUUACUUACCAGAUUGUAAGGCCUGAAGGUAUGGUUGAUGGCUGAAACCAGUUCCACCAAACCUAAUGUCCCGAAGCAGCUGAUGGCCUCUUAAGUUUCACUCCUUGGCUGGAAAAUUCAUCCUGACCACAGGCCUGUGGCAAAAACGAUAAAAAUGUGAAAGAAGCUUAACAUUCUGACUUGAUAAAGCUUUAAUAAUGUACAGUGUUUCUAAGUAUUUCCUGUUUUUCAGCACUUUAACAGAUGCCAUUCCAGGUUCAACUGGGUUUAUCUGUACUAAAUUAUAAACAGUUAACUUGAAUCUUUUAUACGUUGUGUAUUGAUUCUCACAAAAAUGGUAAUGCCCUCAACAGAACUCAUUUUACUAAUCAGUACUGUGUUCUUUAAAACACAGCAUUUACACUGAAUACAGUUUCAUUUGUAAAAUGUAAAUAAGAGCUUUUGUACUAGCCCAAUAUUUAUUUACAUUGCUUUGUACUAUAAACUGUUCUAGAGCUGCAGCAGUUACAGAGUAUUUUCAUAUGUGUUGCUCAUCUGUGUUUCAUCUGUCAUCGCCUGAGUGAUCGCUACAUUUGAUUCCAGAGGCUGCUCGGUUGCUGGUGGAGACUUAGUGGGGAAACAAUGAUUUAUCAAAUUCAAUUUGCUGAUGGAAGCAUUUCUUUCUCAUUUAAGAGUUUUAUGAAUACUCUUGGAAUUUAAUUUGUGGUGCCUUUGUAUCUACAAGGCACACAUUCCAUAGAGCUCUGGUGUGAAGUUGUGGGGGCUGAUGGCUAAAGAAGUGUCCUCGAUGGCCUCAACCUCUGGUUCUUGCCUCAGAAAGCUUUCUGAUGUUAUGGGCAUCAGAGCAAGCAAACUCCCCCAAGUUUUCAAGAGGCUUGACCCUGGCUUCUGAACACCGAGUGCUCUGAUCAUGGAAUGUAAGUAGAAGUUAAGUUUCAGACAGGGGAAAGGCAAUCCUGGACAAUUCCCAAUCAGUUCUAAUUACCUUAAGUCUAAAAAGGGUGAAUAACAAGUGGGAGUGGGUACUUUUCUUUUUAAUUUUUUCAUGAUCUUAUGGUUAUAUUUAUAGCCAAGUCUAUUUAUCAUGAGUAAACACAACCCAGAACCAUAAAUGUGAGUGUAUCUGCCUAGUUAGAAAUAUGCCAUCACAGGCUUAUGUUCAGUAUGGCAGCUGUGGAAGAAAUGACUUUCCAUGAAAGGCCACUCAGACUGUUCUCUAAUGUAAGCCCUGUGCUCACCAUCUUACACAGAGGCCUACCUUCCUGCAGUCCACAGAGAAGUCGAGGGGAGGUUUUUAUCCACCUAAGUCUUUGUAAAUGAGGACAUCCUCUUCACUGUAACACCUUAUCUUUGUGUGGCAUUUAUUUGUCUCUUAAUUAACUGGUCCUUUAUAGAAACUUGUAUAUAUAAUUGCUCGAAAAUCAAAUUUAUUGUCCUAUGAGUUAAGAGAAAUGUAUUUCUGGAGUUGUUCCUAUGAUGUUUAAGAGGUCAAAAAAUCCUGACCUGGACAUGGUUUUAUACAGCUCUCUAUUAAUUACAAAUACAAUCCUAAAAUCAUUUCUUGAAACAUAAAAGGAGCAUGCCAAAUUUUAUAAAAGCUGGAUUUUAUAGGUAAAAGAUAAUGAAAUGAAUUAAUGGAGUUUAUAUUUGCAUACUUCUCAAAGUUUGACCUAUAUUACUCUAUUCAUGGAUCUGGAAUUGUUUCUCAUAUAAAAUCAUGGUCUAGUUAUGAUCUAUGUUACUUCCUCUGACCCACUGCAUAUUUGUGUUGUUUUCCACUGUGAUUAAUGUGCUAGCAUGGCAAUGUUAACUGGGAGCUGGGAGUUUGGGGGUGUGGUUUAGUGCUUUGCAUGAAAUAUUUUACUUUAUAAUGAUGGAAUUGCUUUUUCUUUUGCCUUGUGAUUUUUUUUGUUGUUGUUCUGAAGUGAAAUUUAAUUUGUGUGUGUGUGUGUGUGUGUAGUGCUUUUCUGCCCAUCUGAGUGUCUUAUUUGUAUCACAUUCCAUGCCCUCACUUAAUUCUUAAUAAACUGUUUACUUGCUUUCUGGAUAGCAUGGUAAUUGCUGGAGUAGUAUAAAUGUAUUGAAUGGUCCUUGAGAAAUUCAUUGAGAUUACAGUAAGUCAUAAUUGCAGGAAAACAGUGUAGUUUGAGUCUGAUAGAAUGCAGCAUAAAUGUAAAACAUUGAGUGUUGUGGCCAUUCUUACUCAGAUACUUCCUGAUAGAAGUAGAGUGUGUUUGGAUGUUUACACCAUCCAAUGCAAUGUAGUCCUAAAAAUUCAUUCAUGAACAUCAGUCUGCUUAACUUAUAAAGAGAAAUAUAUUUUUGUUUUCUAUGUCAUAAAAGCAUUCUUGAUAAGUUUCCAAAUCUCAAUCAGUGGUAUUUUUUUCUCUAAAAGGAAAAAAAGUAGUGUAUUUUAUAUUUCCAUAUGCUGAUGACCUGUAUGUAAUCAGUCCUUGAUGGUCCAUAAGAAGAGAGUGAUGGUACAAGUAUCCCUACGUCUCACUUUAAGUCUGUGUAAGCUGCUUUAUCUUCCUGCUUCAUUUAAGAUGAUAGUGAAGUGUUUGCUUGCUGUUUCCUGAGCGUGCAUGCCCACGUAUGAUGUGAUCCAACUGUUUGCAGGUUGAGGCAAGAAAACAUGCAAAUAAAUUUCCCAAAGCUCUUAA